UUAUUUUUUGUUAUCAGUCCUCUCAAGCUCGCGGCACCAACCCCGCGAGCGCGGUCCUUUUCCAUCACAGCUUGGGAGCUAGAAAACCACUUCCUCUGGUUUCCCGUCUUUGUCUCUCGGUUUUCGCGCAGAUCGCUGGGAUUUGCAGCCAUUUUCGGAGCAUCGCUGGCGAUUUUGAUCGGAAUUGGAAGGUGGAUCAGCGCUUGAGUGGCUUUCGGAGAGCCAUCAGCUGGAUUUUCAAGGUUCUGCUUUCAAGGAUGUCUUCGAAUUAUAACAUUAUGAUGAGAUUAAUGUGUCAGAAACAGAUCCAACCAAAAAUGCCGUGUGGCUCUGGCAGGAUCAUCAAGAAUGUUGACAACGGUACAAAUUGGAGACGCCAUUCUCCGUCAAAGAGAUCGUUAGAUCACAGUAAUCAUAAAUAUUCUUUAAAGGAAUCUGAGGUGUCUGCACUUGUCUUAAGGAACCCAGACGGGAGGUGCAUUUAUUUCACACUGGUUGCUUUUGGACUUAAUGGGCCCCUGAAUUUUCUGGCCCCAUUUCUUCUACCAGUGCAAGGAUCUGAUAAAACAUACAAUUUGGAAUCUGGAGCUCAGCCAGAUGCGGGAAGUCUUGAGUCUUCAUCUCCACCACUUGCGGUUAGUUUUCACGUUGACCUGCAGAAAGAGCAGAAUAUGUCUGAAUGCAAAAGUUCUGUGCAGUCAUUGUUAGGCCAAAACUUGAGGCCAAAAACUACAGGGGAAUUUCGCAAAAGGAAUAAACGAACUAAAUCUGUGAGAAAUUCUUCUUCUAAUACUUCGGGUAACUGUUUAUCUCCAGAGAAUUCUUCAGGUGCAUUUUGUGAUGGUGCAAGUGCAGUUUGUUCGGAUAUUUUACUCCCUGAUGUUUCCAAGGCGAUCAAGCCGGUCAAAAAGAAUUCAAGAAAGAAAGGAAAAAAGAAAGGGAAGCACUCCAAACAAUAUAUUCACAGGAAGGCCUCCACCCAUGUGGAAACUCAAUGUGUGGAAGAUGUGUGUGCUGCAUCUGUUUCUGAAGCCUCUGGCCGCAGUAGUCAUUCGUCAGAGACGAACUUGUCUGAGAAUUCAUUUUCCUCUAGCUUGUACAUUGAAGAUAUUAAUAUGGAGAAAGAUGAUGGUGCAGAAAAUAAUAUUGACCUGAGAAAUAGCAUAACAACUGUGGUGGAAGGAAGAACUUGUGGCACUGAAAUGAAAGACUGUGAAGUCCCUCUGCUUGUGAGAUCUGACAAUGAAGACUUCAGUUGCACCCAAUCUUGUACAGAUGAAGAUUCCAUUUUAAUGAGGAGGUCAAGUGUGACCGAGUCUCCAGAAACUCCUCUGUCCUUAUGUGAUGAGAAUACUUCAAAAGAGCAUCUCAAAGGAAAAAGUUCAUAUGGUGUUGCUUCUAGCACUUCUAUGGAUCCGCAUAUUGCUCCAGUGACUGAUGUUUCUCUGGAUGGUUGGAAAAGUGACAUUAGUGAAAAUUGUAUUGAUGAUAUUGAAGUACAAACACCUGUUAAGCAUGAAAAUACAGUCAAUUCUUCAACACGUAAUUUGGUUUCAGACUGUAGGAUUAAUGGUUCAUUAUUUCAGAAUUUGAAUGUGGAUUUAUGUGAAAUGAGCAGUGAUGGUUCAAAUGACAUUCUUGAUGUUCGAAGUGGUUCUGAAAGAGCUCAACAUAGCAGUGAAGCUUGUCACAGCAAUGACUUUGUUCUUGUUGAUAAAAAAAGAAGGCUAGCUCGGAAAAUGGACAAAAAAUUGAAUGGGGUAAGUGAGUUUGGCGGUUCAAAAAUACAUGGCCGGUCUGGAAAGGAUAAUAAUCACCGUGUCUGGCAGAAGGUCCAGAAGAAUGAUGGCAAGUCCUUUUUAAUGAAAUCAAAUGAAUUCUCUCCUCUGGUUAAUUUUGCAUUGAAAAGAUCAGAAACGAAGGGGCUACUUGAUACUCCUUUGGCUUCAGAGCAGAAUAAUGUACAAAAGGCAAGCAUUUCUGCUGGUUUAGAUGAAAUGCCUGUGCAAAGUUAUUUGAUGAAAGCAGCUUCUAAUGUGGAUUCAAGUGAUCAUCCAUCCAAAUCUACCAGUGCAGGUCUUGUGGAUGCUACAAACAGGAAAUCUGGUUUGGUCUCUAAACAAACAAAUCACUCACCAAGAAAAGGCUCCAAUACAUUUAGGACUAGCAUGGUGGGGCAUUCUGUAAUUCGUAUUCAGCAAAAAGAAGGGUUGGAAAGCCCCAGACAGGUGAACCAAAACAAACUCAUGAACAUUGGUUUGGUUUCGCCUGGUAACACUGAAAUUCAGAGUCUCUUUGUUACCCCUCCUGAUGAACUUGAAUGCCAUCCCUCAAAACAACUGCAGAAAAACCAGAUUCUCAUGGAUGAAACAAAAUACGCAGAAGACGUUGGUAGGCUCGUAUAUGAGAAUGAUGAUAAGGAUUCUUCAUUUGACGAGGAUAAUCGGAUUUUUCGAUUGCCAAAAAUGGGAGAUGCCUCGCAUGUGCCACAAUCUGAAGUUUAUCAUGACAGUAGCUUUGCCAUAAUGACAGGAGAUGUGCCAGAUGUCAGUUCAGUUAUUUCAAACAGUAAAUCAGAAAAAUGUGCAAAAUCUGAAAUGGGGAAUUGUCAUGAAGAGUAUAUCAAGAAGAGUUCCAGUAUUGGACCUCUCUCUCAAAAGUGGGUUCCUCUCGGGAGUAAACAUCCAGUGGUGUUUAAGGAUAACCAUGGUAAUAGUCUGGUUUCUUCUUUUACUGAUUCUACUCUGGCUGCAAGUGGUUUGCAAGGCUUGAACCAAAUUGUUGAAGAUGCAGAUUGUACAUUAAAUGAAGCUGACAACUGUACAAGCAAUUUUAGAUGCCCUGCUGAUGUAGAUGGAGAGCUUGCUUGUGUUUCUGCUGUUACUGAUCAACAUGUAACCGAUGAAGUAAUGGACAAGUGCGUUUCUGAAUUUCGUACGGAUUUAAACAUGAUUGUUAAGGCUGUUAAUGAUUCUUAUAAAUCGCAAAUAGUGUCUGAAAAUGUUCAGCUUGUUUAUGGUAGUCCGAUUGCUGAAUUUGAGAGUUUUCUUCAUUUUGCCUCUCCUGUUCUCACUCAAACUGAUUACAUUAGAAGUUGCAAGGUUGGCCCUCAAAAACAACUGCCAUGUGAAGUUUUAUGUCCGUCCCAAACUCCUCGCAUAUCUCUGGGAAGUCUCUGGCAGUGGUAUGAAAAACCUGGUAGUUAUGGAUUGGAAGUUAAGGUAGGUGCCUAUAAUAACUUAAAGAGGUGCCAGAGCCAUUAUGGAUUUCGUGCAUACUUUGUGCCGUAUCUUUCAGCUGUGCAAUUAUUUGGCCGGCGUAGUAGUUCUUUAUGCAGAACUAAUGAAAGCCUUAAGGUGAUGGAAACAUCUGGGAUGCAUGAAUCAACUUCCCCCUCUUUAGGCUCUCUUCCUAUCUUCUCAAAACUUUGUCCCCGGCCGCGCAAAGUAGCAGAUACAUUCAUGUCAGAAUCAGCAUCUUCUUGCAAAGAGGAAUUCUGCAACCAAACAGCUAAAAGUACUCAUUUUAGUGACGGUGAACUGAUAUUUGAAUAUUUUGAAUCUGGCCAACCACAACAGCGAAGACCAUUGAAUGAAAAGAUUAAGGAGUUGGUUGAAGGUAACGACGCAUCUAAUUGCCAAAUAUUCGGCGAUCCAGCAUAUCUGGAGCACCUAAACCUGCAUGAGCUCCACCCUGCUUCUUGGUAUUCUGUGGCAUGGUACCCUAUCUAUAGGAUUCCUGAUGGCAAUUUACGUGCAGCAUUUUUGACUUAUCACUCCCUUGGCCAUUUUACACGAAGAAGGACCUCAUUGAACACAUCUUGUGGUGCUACUUCUUUGGUUUCUCCGGUUGUGGGCCUGCAAAGUUACAACACUAAGGGAGAGUGCUGGUUUCAGCCGAAACAAUUUAAACAACAGGCAACUCAAACUGAGGGAGUUGAUAUAUCACAUCCUUCCGGCAUUCUGAAAGAGAGGUUAAGGACACUAGAACAAACUGCUUCAGUGAUGGCACGAGCUUCGGUUCAGAAGGACGGUCGGAGAUCUGCAAACAGGCAACCAGAUUAUGAGUUCUUCGUCUCAAGGAAGUGGUAGAUUUCUUUCCUCUUUGCCAAAAUUUCUUUUCGACAAAACCGACCUCCCUCCAAUGACACGUUUAAGAUGUAGAACUAACCCAGAGAAGCUCCUUUUUUUUCUCAAGGCAGGUAUCUAGGAAAACUGAAAUAGGAACUGCAAAUUACUGAUUUGCUUUUAAUCCUUUUCCAUUGUAAAUUAUAUGUUUAUGUAUUGGCUUUGCAAGUGUUUGAGCCCAACUUAAUAUGCUGCCGUUUUGUGAUCUGGUUUUUGGCCUUGUCAGCAAUGUUGUUUGUGCCUAAUAGUUUUGCUCAAUUAAUUAAUUUUUUUUUAAACUAA